AUGCAUUUCAUUGAUACCCACGAAACUCUCGACUUGUCUAACCGAACUACUUUCUUUCAUGACAACGUUGUUGUCAUGGAAGUCGAUAAUCUUCUUGCCGGAUGGCCUACAUACACUAUUGAUUUCACACCUGAGCGUCCGGGACCAUUGAAGCUUGUUUUGCGCUUGAAGGAUGCUUCAAGCUAUCGGUCCACCGACGAUGAUGAUAGUGCAGACGAGGCGGAGGGAACAGGGAAAGUCGAAUGCACACCACCAGCCAUCAAGGAGGACCCGGAUGUUACCAUGGCCUGUGAGGCCACCUCCAAGGAUGGAACUCAGCACGUUAGUGCAAACCCUGUGCAACUACACGGCAUAUUCAAGGAAGGUGCUUCAAUUGUUCGCAUGCGGGAGAAGUUCACGCAGGAGAAUGAUCAUACUUGGCCCCCUCGACGCGGCUUCAGGAGGAUGGAUGCGGAACCACUCACUCGUGUUAGUUCCUUCAUGACGACACCUGCUGCUGUAGCGGCAUUAAAGUUAGAUUAA